AUGCCUAUAACUACUACGCAUGUAUCAAGCACAACCGACCUUCCAAAAGCUGUUACUAGAGAUGGUAUUGUCGGUAUUCAUUCUUCUCACAUUAACUGGGCUCUUUACGUAGGUACUUGGAUGGUCUAUUGUGCUCUAGGUUUCGCAAAGCUCCCUCCCUCUCUCUUCCUUGCGUACCUUGAAAUGUUUGUAGGAUGUAAAUGGAUGAAAAUCUGCGUAUAUAUUGGUACCAAGAUUUCUUCCUUAUUUUGUCUCGCUACUACGGUCGUCCAAUUUUAUCUAGCAACGCCCUUCAAUGGCGAAACAUGGAACUCACAUAUAGUCUCAACCCGCACUCUCAAAGGGAUUACUUUCUCCGCCCCAACGGCCGCUGUCGGGUUGGCGAUCGAUGUUUAUCUUUUCAUCUUGCCGUUUAUUGCUAUUAUUCGAUUGCAUCUACCAAUGCGGAAGCGAAUACCUGCUAGGUUGUAA